CUUAGCGUUCGUUUCCGGUCGUUGUGAUGUCCUGUCAUCGGUGUCGGUAAAAAGUCCUUUAUCGUGCCUACCUGUCCUCCGUACAAGAAAUGUCGUGAUUUGAAACGUCUUUCCGUACGUCGUACCUCUGGUUUAGUCGUGAAAUCCAGUAUCAGUUAUCGUCGUCCCGCGUAUGCGUAAGCGAUAUGUGUAUGAUUUUGAUCUCGUAAAGUAAAAAAACUUCUAUUUAUUUCGUCAUUGGAUAGUGCUAGACCGAUGCAGCUACCGAUUCGUUUUUUUUUUGCACAGCCAGGAAUACAGUCUCCCGCAUCCCUUCUUGUCCUCACCCCCUGUAGCUUCCCGUACAACUACUUCCCCGAGUUUCAACCAAGUCUUAGUCUUACACCAACAUGUUCCUGCAGACAAUGAAGUGCGCUGCUGGGCUGCGGGUCGCUGGUUUUUUUCUCGCUGGCCCGGCUGCGACCGACGCGGCAGUGGUGAUCCCGAACAACGUCCGCAAGAAUCUGUUGCAGCCCGCUACUGUUGUGGACCGCAAGCUGGGACACGGUCAGGGGAAGGAAUCCGGAAUCGUGUUCAUGCAGGACGACGGACCCGCGGCCCCGGGAAAUCACACAAUCACGGCGGGGCAGAGUGUCACGGAGGAACAACACGGCUCCGGCAACUUCAAGAACAUCAAGGGAGACAAUCUCCAGCCGUGCGCGCAGAAAUCCACCGAAGCCGAGACUGGCUUCACUCGCGAUGGGUACUGCACGGAGCAGAACGACGACGCCGGCAGCCACCACAUCUGCAUCAACAUGAAGGGCUACAGCGAAAACUUCUGCCAGGUACAGUGUGCUGAGUUCUUUUGUAAGGAAGCACUUCAAGAAAUGCAUAUCUCAUUUUGGUUUUUUGGUUUCCGUUUCAUCUGUCGCAAUUACCUGGACUUGAAGUUCUACAGCUAUGUACUUCUUAACUAUGUACUGGAGCUUUGAUUUUCAGACUUUGGCACGAGGCUUGGACGAAGUUAUUAGUUGUCAGUCCUCGCGAUAAUUUUGCCCGCUGAUGUGAUGCAGUACUUGUCAGCGCAAUGUGACAACAGGAACAUAAGGCUCGGCUCUACUUCUAGUAGUUUUAUGGUGCUUAGCAUUUGUGAAUGUCGAAAAUCAAUUUAUACAACAACUGCACAGAUUACCGGGCAGCCGAACUGGUGUGGGGAGGAACACCCUUGCCACGAACACCCGGAUCAAAAGUGCCCAAUUGAGCACUGGUGUGUCUGCCAGUGGGCCUUUGCCGGCGCGAUGGAAAACAAACCGGACAAAGCGGACGAGUUGUGUGACCUGAUGAAUGUCGAAGGGACAAACAUGGCUGCGAUGAAGGCGUACGAGUCAAGCGGCGACAAAGGCGGCUAUGCCAAGGCGUUGGAGUGCAUGAAGGGAAAAAUAGGAAAGUAACUUGCUCCUACUUCCCUACAACAACUUGUCUGUGUACAACACACAGGUUGCAUCAGACAACAUCUACAUCAACAAUCGGAAGUUGUACUUUGAUUUCGAUUUCAUUGUUUGUUUUCAUUUUCGUAGUCACCAACAAGAGAAGACCACCAGAAGCUUUACUGAUGACCAGCAUGCUGAUGUCACAGUUUCAAUCUUUGUCGCGCAAACCUUUCAAGCAAUGGCAUGUCCAAUUCCAACAGCUUGUCAAUCAUACCUGUUUUUAUGUAUGGAGUGGCAACCUUUAUGCUUUUAUUAGCUUUUUGCAUUGCAGCCUAUGUUUUGAUCCUGUCUCCUUCAUAGUCUCACCGUGUUUCACGUGUGUUGUAGUUGUACAGAAAAUGGUAGCCUUCAUUAUUCAUAACGUUUCAUCUCUUUAAGAUAAUAAACGAGUUUCGACUCCUGCUCAUCAUGCCUCACGGAAAUCACCCUCUGUAUCCCAAACAGUCAGAAGCACCACAAGCCUCAAGUAAAUGACCCCCCGAGAAAGUAUAUCCAUUUUUUGUGAAGACAUCAAUUACGCACAGCAGUUUGCAGAGUUUUCGAAUCGAGCAAAGCUAGAUACUCACUACCGGACCUGGCGAAUCAAGAGAGCCUGCUUGCUUGCUUGCUUGCUUGCUUGCUUAAGGUUUCGCUAUGCAAUCAGCAGAAAAGCAGAAGAUGAACACCCUCUCGGUGCUUAGAGGCAGGCGAGACCAAACAGAGGGCUAGACACUGGAUCCCAGUGAACUUUUUUCUAUAUUUUUGAAG